GUAGGAGUGGUUGGAAGAACAAUGCAUGUGAGUCUUUGACACCAUGAUAUCCAUCAGGCAAAGAAAAGGAAUACAAACCACAGAAGUUUCAGAGGAUUACGUGGCGCAAGAAGAAAAUGUGAAGUUGGAAAAUAAAUUGCCAUCUAGUUGUACCAAUAGAAGAUUAUGGACGAUUCUUUCAUUUACAAUUGGUGGAACUGUUGCCCUUUGCACUGGACUUCUUACAUCUGUCUACCUAGCCACUUUACAUGAGAAUGAUUUGUGGUUUUCUAAUAUUAAGGAAGUGGAGCGAGAAAUCUCAUUCAGAACAGAAUGUGGACUGUAUUACUCCUACUACAAGCAGAUGCUGCAGGCUCCAACCCUCAUGCAAGGUUUUCAUGGCUUAAUAUAUGAUAACAAAACCGAAUCUAUGAGGACAAUUAACCUCCUUCAACGAAUGAAUAUUUACCAAGAGGUUUUUCUCAGUAUUUUAUAUAGAGUUCUACCCAUACAGAAAUAUAUAGAGCCAGUUUAUUUUUAUAUUUACACCUUAUUUGGACUCCAAGCAAUUUAUGUCACAGCUCUUUACAUAACCAGCUGGCUCCUGAGUGGUACGUGGCUAUCAGGACUCUUAGCAGCUUUCUGGUAUGUCACAAAUAGAAUAGAUACCACAAGGGUUGAGUUUACCAUCCCACUGAGAGAGAAUUGGGCGCUGCCAUUCUUUGCAAUUCAGAUAGCAGCAAUUACAUAUUUCCUGAGACCAAACUUACAGCCCCUUUCUCAAAGGCUGACACUUCUUGCCAUUUUCCUAUCAACUUUUCUCUUUAGUCUAACAUGGCAAUUUAAUCAAUUUAUGAUGCUGAUGCAAGCAUUAGUGCUGUUCAUACUGGACUCCUUGGACAUGCUACCAGCAGUGAAGGUGACAUGGCUGUAUGGUAUACAGCUAACAGGUUUACUCCUUGUCUGCAUUCUUCAGUUUUUUAAUUCCAUGAUUCUCGGAUCAUUGCUUAUCAGUUUUAACCUUUCGGUGUUAAUUGCAAGAAAACUUCAGAAAAACCUGAAAACUGGAAGCUUCCUUAAUAGGCUUGGGAAACUAUUGUUACAUUUAUUUGUGGUUUUAUGUUUGACACUUUUUCUCAACAACAUUAUUAAGAAAAUUCUUAACCUCAAGUCAGACGAACACAUAUUUAAAUUUCUGAAAGCAAAAUUUGGAUUUGGAGCAACAAGAGAUUUUGAUGCAAACCUGUAUCUGUGUGAAGAAGCAUUUGGCCUUCUGCCUUUUAAUACAUUUGAAAGGCUUUCAGAUACUCUGCUUUUUUAUGCUUAUAUAUUUGUUCUGUCCAUCACCGUGAUUGCAGCAUUAGCUGUUGCCCUCCGUAAUCUCAGUGAUUCUACAAAUCAAUCCACGUAUAAAAUGGGAGAGUACACAAUCGGCCUGAAACCAGAAACUGCCUACAAUUUAAUACACACGAUUCUAUUUGGAUUCUUGGCAUUGAGUACAAUGAGAAUGAAGUACCUCUGGACAUCACAUAUGUGUGUGUUUGCAUCAUUUGGCUUAUGCAGCCCUGAAAUAUGGGAGUUACUUCUGAAGUUGAUCCAUCUUUAUAACCCAAAGAGGAUAUGUAUAAUGCGAUAUUCAAUACCGAUAUUAAUACUGCUGUAUCUGUGCUAUAAGUUCUGGCCAGGAAUGAUGGAUGAGCUCUCCGAGUUGAGAGAAUUCUAUGAUCCAGAUACAGUGGAGCUGAUGAACUGGAUUAACUCUAAAACUCCAAGGAAGGCUGUGUUUGCUGGAAGCAUGCAGUUACUGGCCGGCGUCAAGCUGUGCACGGGCAGGACCUUAACCAACCACCCGCACUACGAGGACAACAGCCUGAGAGAGCGAACCAAAGCGGUCUAUCAGAUAUAUGCAAAGAGGGCCCCAGAGGAAGUGCACGCCCUGCUAAGGUCCUUUGGCACCGACUACGUGAUCCUGGAAGACAGCAUCUGCUAUGAGCGCAGGCACCGCCGGGGCUGCCGGCUGCGGGACCUGCUGGACAUCGCCAACGGACACAUGAUGGAUGGCCCAGGAAAGAAUGAUCCAGAUUUGAAACUUGCAGGCCACCCUCGCUUUUGCGAAGAGAUAAAAAGAAACCUGCCCCCCUACACAGCAUACUUCACUCGAGUGUUUCAGAACAAAACAUUCCACGUUUACAAGCUAUCCAGAAACAAGUAACAGAGCUUUCUAUUUAAUCUCUAUUUUUGAUAUGUGAAACUCCAUCAUAAUGAAACUCCAUAGAUAAUGUUUCAGAUGUAAUUAGGUAACCGGUACCUUAAAGCUGUGAUAUGAUUAAGUCUACAAAUGUUUACACAAGCGUUACCAUCUUUGAAAGUAUCUUAUACAUGCUUCAGUCUUUGUCUUGUUUCAUUAAUGUUCUUUAGCCUAAAUGUUUUCAACUUUCUAAAAGUGAUCUAGAAUUUUGUUGUUGGGGAGAACAGUUAAGUGUUCCAUAGGUGGCCUGAACAGCUGCAUAUCAUAUUGGAAAUCUAGAGCCUGUUUCAAGAUUUGAAAUACUUCUAAUUUUUAAUUGACUUACAACAGCUAUAGUUGAAUUGAAUUGAGGGGAUACAUAAUUAAAUUAUUUUUUCACUAGUGAAGACCAACUGGUGGCUUUUUAAAAAGCUCUCUAUUGUCCUGUUUCACCUAAAAAUUUUAUAAUGUUUUUAAUUUGUCAUGCUUUUAAUAUUUUUUAAAAAAUCAUGUUAAGUCUUCAUAUGUGUAUCUAAAAUUUCUAAAAUUUUUUGUUGUGCUCCAUCUGAAAUGUAAUGUGUAGCACUUCAGUAGUAUGUGUCAGUGUGUGUAUGUGUGUACACAGGCAUGUGCAUGAAUGUUUUAAUGCUGGACACAGAAAAGUGUUACAAGUUCCCCAUUGUAAGUCCUUAAAGCAGCAGAAAUGUUAUGUAGCUGAGUAGAAUUUGUUACUGAAUAGUGUUACUAUUUUAAAACCUGUUGAUACUAUUUAAUCUAUCCUGCAAGUAAGAAAAUUCUUCUUCAUUUCUUACUCAUUCAAAUUUACUGGGUUUGCAAAAUUUUGUAAACUCUUUGUUUUUAGCCUUUGUAUUUUUUACAGCCUAGAACCUUGCAAAGUCUUACUAUUUUUAAAAUGUUGUAUCUUAACUAACUCACUGCUAUGAUAUUUUUGGCAGAGAGCAUUUUCAUACCAAGUUUGAUUUGUGAUCUCCAAUCUUACUGUGAGGGCCCUUGACAGGUGGUUCUUUUUCUUACUCAAAGGUAACCAAGUGCCUCUAAGUCAUGCUUAUUUGUAAACAACAAAGAGGAUUAUGUGUACCUUGUACCUGCUCAAAAAUUUUUUGAUAAUUGCUUUUGUAAUGAAUUUCUAAUGAUAGGGACAUGUAAAAGUUACUGAUAAAAGCGUAUUGUGUAUUUAAUUAAAUCGAGAUGGCUAAUGAAAUUAACUUUCACCUCUCAUGCCAGUUGGAAAUGAUUUAAAUAUUUCUCCUUGCAAUUGUGUUGAAGUAAAUCACUGUAGACAUGAAGAUGGAUAUAUCACAUGUUCACAUGAUUUUCUAUUCAGCUACUACUUAUUAAGCAGUAUUCAAAAAGAAAUUUUACACUAUCAUGUUGUGUUCAAGGAAGGAUACUUGGCUUUUAUCAAAACUUAUUUAAAUAAAAAAUUGACAGUAGCUGGGUUAUUAAAUUAUGCAACUGAAACUCCUGAAUUAUAUCUUUCUUAUAUCCCUUAAUAAGGUUGGAGACCACUGCAGUUUAGGAUAAUACAAUAAUAAAACAUUUUAAUCAGUACUGAAACUUUAAUUAAGCCAGUAAUGAUGCAUGCCUGUUGCAGCUGACAGCAUGGGUCAGUCCAUCCUUCAGUGAGUGCCUUACUCUAAUUGAAACCAAGCACAUGUAAGGUACAACGUGUUAGACUAUCUAAUUACGUUUUUAAAACCCUCUAUUACCUUCUCAGAAAUAUUUCAAUUUAUUUUAAAUAUUCCUGUAUUAUUAAUCUAUGCAUUUGGGUAUCUGGAGUUUCAGUAUACAAGAAACAUGUACUUAAAUUUUUAUGCUUAUCAUCACCACACUGAUCGCAUACAGUAAUCCUUUUUUCACAGUUUAGGUGCCAUUUGUUGCCAAAACACUUAGUGUUCAGUCUUUAGUGAAAAAUAUAAAGUGCCAAAAAAUCUUGCAAGACAGAAUCCAUACACACAUUCUUUCCAAAACACUGUGACCAUGUAUAGUUGACAUUUUUAUUUCCUGAUGACCAAAUCUCUUAAUGAAUCAUGUUAAAUAUUUUUAGUGCUCCUCAGUAUUCUCUUUUAUGACCUUCUCAUUGGAGUACCUGGGAGGAAAGAGAGGAAAAGCGGCUGAC